CUCCGAACCACAACAAAUCAGCUCUCAUGUCUCCUGUAAAUAAAUUGUUGUUGUUGUUAUUAUUUAUACUCACUGGCGACAGCUAGUUCGCGUAAAUGACAGCGGAGUCCAGGCACAUGAUGGUUUGAAUCGUAUGACUAACAUAAAUAAGAGGCGAAUCUUCAUCAUCAUCACCCAGUGCAGCAGUGAUGGAGAAUGAUGAAGAUCUGGAGACUCUGGGAGAGAAACUGUAUGAUCUGAUACAUCCGAGAUAUGCUGAGAUGACACCGAAACUUACAGGUAUGCUGCUGGAGUUGCCCGCUUCAGUUGUGUCUCAGAUGUUGUGUGAUGAAGCUCUUCUGAGUAAAGCUUUGGAAAGAGCUCUGACCGCUCUCACAUCACCUAACAACAGUGAACCUGCAUCUCACACUGAUGAUGCGGCGUCUGCAUCCUCUGACUCCCUGGGUGAACAGCUGUAUGACCUUAUCCAGCUCUACAACACUGGACAAACACAGAAAAUUACAGGCAUGCUAUUGGAGCAGAAGAAAGAGGCGGUGCUUCAGCUGCUGUCGGAUCAAACACUCCUUGAGGAACAAGUUAAGAUGGCCUUGAAGACCUUGCAGGAGCAGGGUGAUGAUGUCACAGAUGUGAGUGACAGCUCUGACAGAGAGGACGUGGAGGCCAUCGGAGAGACGCUCUUCAGUUUUGUGCAUCAGCUAGACCCCGCCCACUGUGCCGACAUCACAGGGAUGCUGCUGGAAAUGGAUUCUGGAACUCUGCAACAAAUUCUGUCCGAUCGAAGCAUGUUAGAAGUCGCCGUUCAAAGAGCAAAAAGCGCACUGGAGGGCGCUCUGAAACACACAGCAAUGGCGGAAUGAGGCUUUGAAUCACUACACUCCAUGUGACUGACAACUUUAGGUCCAAAUUGCUGUACAUUUUUAGUAUUUCAAGACAUUGUUUACAUGGACUUUAUAUUUGAGCAACUUUUAUUAAUAGGUGAGAUAUUGAGACUGGAGAUGAAAUAUGACUGUUUAUAUAUACAAUUCUCGACAUAAUGGAGUACACACUAUUUUGAAAAUGAAUAUUUUUGUCCAUUUUUCAGUGAAUAUUGGUCAUAUUUUGGUGCAUUUGAACAAAACAGAUUUAUUAAACAGAUAUAUUUAUUAAAAUAAUAUUUUAGUCACCAAACAUAUUUAGAAAUAGAAAGAUAAUGCAAUUAAAUUUAUGCAAAAUAUUGAGAAAAUCAUUUGUAAUGGAAAACUACAAGCAACAUUUCAACAAAAAAUUUUUGUUUCUCUUGAAUUUUGCUCUUUUAAUCCUUCAUUUAAUAUAUUUCCCUAACACAAAUUUGGGCUACUAAUUUUAGACCGUUAUCGUAAGUUAUUUCGUUAGAUGAGCUCCAGAUUUGGCUUCAGCACUGACUAAUCUAGCGUAUAUGCACAAAUAUGAUAUUGUAUAGCUUUCUAUAGAAAAUCUUCAUCUAAAUGAGAGAUUUGUGAGGGGUGUACUUAUAUAUGU